UGUUAAGUGCCGCUGCUGCCACCAAAUAGGAAGAGAUGGGGCGGUGGCAUGGAGUCCAGACUGGAGCUGUGAAGGGAAAGAGAAUCUGCUGCCCCAGGAUAGGAUUGGCAGCUUAGGCUGGGCCUGCCAGUUUCAGGUCUCACCCAGAAGCAGAACCAAAGGAUGAAGAUGAAGAUGAAGAGGGGGCACAGACUGGUCAUCCCAGAAAUCCGGCCCAUGUUGCCCCGUGUCCUGGGGGACCCAUGUUGCACCAUUUUCUGGGGGACCCUCUGAGGGAAGAGCCCAAUGAGGCAACCUUGGUGCCAGGACCCCUUCCAGGACUUCAUGUCCCCACUGACAUUCUGGGGAAAGAGCUCAAUGAGGAAACCUCAAUGCUAGGAUCCCUUCCAGAAUCUUGCGUCCCCACAGAUAUUCUGGAGGAAGAGCUCAAUGAGAAAACGUCGGUGCCAGGAUCCCUUCCAGAACCUCACGUCCCCACUGAUAUUCUGGAGCAAGAGUUCAAUGAAGAAAUGUUGGUGCCAAGAUCCCUUCCAGGACCUUGCAUCACCAAUGACAUUCUGGGGGAAGAGCCCAAUGAGGCAACCUUGGUGCCAGAACCCCUUCCAAUACUUUGUGUCCCCACCGACAUUCUGGGGAAAGAGGUCAAUGAGGAAACCUCAAAGCCAGGACCUCUUCCAGGACCUCACAUCACCAAUGGUAUUCUGAGAGAAGAGCUCAACGAGGCAACUUCAGUGCCAGGAUCUCUUUCAGGACCUCUCAUUUCCACUGAUAUUCUGGAGGAAACGCUCAAUGAGGAAACCUUGAUGCCAGGAUCCCUUCUAGGACCUCACAUCACCAAUGACAUUCUGGGGGAAGAGGUCAAUGAGGAAACCUCAGUGCCAGGUCCUUCCAUCCCCACUGGCACUCCAAAGGAAGAAGCUUUUGUGUCAGAGCCCUUACCAGAGCCUUCCAUUGCUAACAAUUACCUUGAGCAAGAAGUAGAAAUCCUCAAAGGAUUACAGAAUGACUAUGUCCAGCGGCAAAUGAGGGUUCGUCGCAUUUCCCAGCAGUUCCCUCGUUCUCUCCGGGUCAUCAACCUGCAAAUUGGACACACGCGGACAAGGCUCAUCCGCAGUGAAGUUCGGCUGCAGCGGUGGGGAAAGGAAGGUGACCAAGCUCUGAUGCCUGUAAUUCAGACAGCUUCUCAUGGUGAGCAGUAAGGGCAAGUGGUAGUAUGCCAGCAUUUGCGGCUAACCACCUGUUGCUUCUUCUCUCUUGCAGAUGUUCCUGAAGGCCCUGCUGCGUGUCUCUGCCCCCCUGGGUCCGGUUCAUCAUUAUCUUCUGCCUUGCUGGAAGUUGGCUCCAUCCCACCCUCCACCUCUACCUCUUCUUUCCUCCUGCAUCCCUCUCCCCCUCCUCCUCCUUCCCCACCUCCUCUAGAGCCGGACCUCAGCAAUAUAAAAGAAACUCUGCAGAGUUUGAUGGAUUUGCAGUUCCAUCAGCUGAAUGACCGCCAAAGAGACCUCCGCAGCUGCCAGGAAUGUUUGCAAAACCUCAAGGCACUGAGGAGACAGCUCCAGAGACUGCGGAGCAGAUUGGCAAGGGUGGAAGCCACUAUGGGGAUCCUGGUUCCUCCAAGGGAGCUGGAUGUUGAUGAGGAAAAAGAGGAAGACAAAAACCAGACAGUGCUUCAUACAUAGGUAGCAAUAAAAUGCUGCAUAUUUAUUUUAAAAAUAUUAAACAUUUGUUUUAACAGGACAGGAUGUAGAGAUAAAACAGCAAUAGAACAUGCAUAUUUACUGCUUAAAAAUUAAAAAGUUGAUUUUAAAGAAAAUAAA